UGUCCUGUCCGUUGAGGACAGUGAUCGCGGGGGUAGGUUGACAGGGUCCGUCCUAGAAAUUUCUGCCAGUUUAGUAAUGUUGCUUCAGGGUGUGACACAGUUUAAAAUGAUGCUUUCAUGCUAACUCAAGCUCUGGCAUAGAUUAUCACACGAGCAAUGUCUCAGCACAGCUUAUCCAUGUGGGGAGCUGUCGAUGUAGCUGCUGUUAGGAUGGUGUGUAGAUGAGUGUAUAUAUGUAUAUACUGAUAGAACUAGAGCACUAAGUCGUGGCCAGUGCGGACAAGGGCCUGGCAGUAAGGCAUGUGGAGGGAGCUCACUAGUGAGAUCAGCUGUGGGAGGGGCGUGCUGUCGCUGAUCUUUAAAAUUUAACUUUGACAGAGCAACGCUGACUCUGUUUUAAUGAAGAGAAUGAAACAUAAUCCUGUGGAGGACUGCGAUCCAGUACAUGUGAAAUCUUCCAUUGUGACGGGUUAGCUACGACCCUUAGGAUUGCAAUGUUACUUAUGUUUUAAGUAAACAGGACAGGGGCUUGAUGUGAGGGUCUGAGAAGAAGUAUUCUGGGAUAUAAGUAGGUCUGCGCUUAAUUACUGGUUGUGGCGUUGGGGAAACCAGAGAAGUUUUGGCCAAUGUAAUUUAGUGGCAUCCCGAGCUUGCUAUUGGAAAUGCUUCCAUGAAGAAUGAAAUGUGGGAGCUGUUUUCUGACAGGCCAACACACUUUUAGGGAAGAGAUUAAGUAUGCUGGGCGCAAUGAAAACCUUGAUAGACAGAAGCAACUCAGAAAGAAUAUUUGUCUCCUCUUAUUCUGCGGAAAACUGUUGCUAAUGGGUCAAAGAUAGUUAAAAUUGCAGCAAAAUUUCUGUGCUGUGACUCAGAUUAUUUUUGUUGUUUCCGGCUUUAGUGUUCUUGCAUCUUAAUUCUGAACAAAAUACCUGAUCGGGACCGAGAAGGCUUACAUUAUUAUGGCAGUUGUGUGUCCUGCAGUGAACUUGCUUCUGAUCUGUCCUGAUACAUAUUGAUACACAGCCUGAGGUGUGCCGUGUACAGUAUUGGAACUGAAGAGCAAUGGAGCAGUACACAGCAAAUAGUAACAGCUCCACAGAGCAGAUUGUUGUGCAGGCUGGACAGAUUCAGCAGCAGCAGCAGGGUGGUGUCACUGCUGUCCAGUUGCAGACUGAGGCCCAGGUGGCAUCCGCCUCAGGCCAGCAAGUCCAGACCCUCCAGGUAGUCCAGGGUCAACCAUUAAUGGUACAAGUAAGCGGAGGUCAGCUGAUCACCUCGACUGGUCAGCCCAUCAUGGUGCAGGCUGUACCUGGGGGUCAGGGCCAGACAAUCAUGCAAGUCCCGGUUUCUGGAACACAAGGACUGCAGCAGAUUCAGUUGGUCCAGCCAGGUCAGAUUCAGAUUCAAGGUGGGCAGGCUGUGCAGGUACAGGGGCAGCAGGGCCAGACCCAGCAGAUCAUUAUACAGCAGCCACAGACUGCAGUUACUGCUGGCCAGACACAGACCCAGCAACAAAUAGCAGUUCAAGGGCAACAGGUAGCGCAGACAGCUGAAGGCCAGACCAUAGUCUAUCAGCCAGUUAAUGCUGAUGGAACCAUUCUUCAACAAGUUACAGUCCCUGUUACAGGCAUGAUCACCAUUCCAGCAGCCAGUUUGGCUGGAGCACAAAUUGUCCAGACGGGAGCCAACACCAAUACGACCAGCAGUGGACAAGGGACUGUGACAGUGACGCUACCAGUUGCUGGAAAUGUUGUCAAUUCAGGUGGAAUGGUUAUGAUGGUACCUGGAGCUGGAUCGGUACCAGCUAUCCAGAGAAUACCUUUGCCUGGAGCAGAAAUGCUUGAAGAAGAGCCACUCUACGUAAAUGCCAAACAGUAUCACCGGAUCUUAAAGAGGAGGCAGGCACGUGCUAAGCUGGAAGCCGAGGGAAAAAUUCCCAAGGAAAGAAGGAAAUACUUGCAUGAAUCUCGGCAUCGUCAUGCCAUGGCCAGGAAGCGGGGAGAAGGUGGACGUUUCUUCUCACCAAAGGAAAAAGACAGUCCGCAUAUGCAGGAUCCAUCUCAGGCCAAUGAAGAAGCAAUGACACAGAUGAUAAGAGUUUCUUAACCACUACCUAAAGAAAAAAAUAACUGAAUACAAUUCCUGUCCCUUCUGCAAGUCUGUCUUACCUUACCAGUGUAUCAAGCAAGUCUUUCAAUGGGACAAUCGCCAUAUCACAGCCUAUCCUUUUCUACAGAACAAACACCACUUUUUCAGUAUGUGGCUGAGAUUUUAACUGCAGUGGACUCAACAAAUAGAAACUUAAUGACUUCAUUGGUAUACUCUUCUGAUCCAGCGCAGGGAUUUCAAAGUCUGACUGCUCAUACCUUGUUUUGGGUUUUUUUUUUUGUAAUCUCUUGCAUUAAGGUUGGCCAUGGGUGAGAGUGCCGCUGACUUGAUGAUCAGCAAUAACUCUGGCAUGCUGAAGCAGGGCCAGCAAAGACCUGUUGGAGUUAUGGCCCUUCUGUACAGAGACAUAAUUCAGUUUAUAGCAACCAGCACUGACAUGGCUUCACCACGGUGCUUUGUUUUCCCAGUAGAGACUUGUUAUUUACAUCUACUCCUUACAACUUUGGACUUACUGUCAGCUGAACUGUUUACUGCUGUUGCAUUUGCACUUCUGAAACUGGCAAAACUGAAGGGGGUUUCAAGCUCCAUCCUGUGAAAUAUGUAAACAGCAAGCCCUUCUCUGGGAAAAGUUCAGCCAUCCAGUCAAAACGAUAGAAAUAGUUCAAGAUUGUUACAAGACUUGAUCUAUUGCAUAUCCGUUUCAAGGAAUAAACGGGGAGAAGGUCAUGGAUGUGAGUAUGAAAAUAUAAUUAGAAAAAGCAGUCUGCAUAGGUAUUUUUUGAUAUGUUUAUUGCCAGUAAUUGACACUUUGGAAGAAAAAGCAGAUGCUAAUAUAAAAAGGAUCAAAUGUUCUAAGCGAGUCUCUUCUAAAGAUUUUUUUUUUUUUUUUUUAAUCUUCCUUCUAAGUUGCCAGUGCAGUGCUUGGUUCUUCUAAAAGAAGUAAAAUCUGCAAUCUCAAAUUGAUACGACUUGACCACCUUUGAGACUGUGUUUCCUGAUACCAGUUCUGCAAUUCUCUGAUUCUACACAGAGUGAGGGAUUGUUUCAUGACAGCAGAAACACAGUACAAUUCAACUGAGCUCAUCCUGAUAUAAUUGAAGGACUGUUAAACAAAUGAAGGCAGAUAUUGAUGAACCUGUCAGGCUUUCUAACAGAAUACCCUAUUUUAGAUAAAAGUGGCACUUAAAGAAUGAAGAAAGAAUGCUUGCUUUUUAAAAAGGCAUUUUUCAUGACCUUUAGCUGGCUUCUGGAUGAAUACCUUGACAAUACAUAAUCUUUGUCUUUAAUUCAGUAGCUAAUUUACAAAUUUUAAACUUGGUCCAUUCUUAUCGACUUGAAAGUUGGCAAUGGAACCUGUAGUUCUUAAGCCUCCUAACAGGUGGUACGUGCAUCUUUCCCUGUCCAUUUCCUCCCACCUUGAAUGAGUUAUGUAGACUGGCUACAUAUCACCUGCAUGCUGUAAUCCCAUCUCUUUCAAUUUUUGAGUUCUGCAAUUAAAACUGCAUCACUACAGUUAAGUAUGGAGUUGGAAGUAUGUCGAGGCUUUGUGACUGAGGGAGGAGAUUAUGAAUCUGAAAAGGGAAAGUAGCAGAGGGAGAGGUUUUACUGAGGAAAAUAGCUAGAGAGGGGAGAGACUAGUUUAAAUUCAGCAAAACCUGCUUAAAGUGACAAAGCAAAUGCAAUCUGGAAAAAUAUAGGAGGGAGAGAAUACUGGUCAUGUUUUUUUUCCAUUCAUUGAAAGCUUACGGCUAAAGUUACAAUUCAUGCAGAUUGGAGGAAAAAUUAGCAGAUGAUAAAAGGCUGGAAGGGUACAAAAAACCAGAGCCAUCAAAAUUGUAUUUACUUUGGAUAAAAGACAAAAAUACUAAACCUAAAAGAGUAAAAGCAGAUGGGAUAGAAUGCAAGAGCAGGAAGCAGGAACAGGGAGAAAUGUACGAUGCUGCAUUCUGGGAGGGAGAGUAUGCCUGCCUAGAUGUUAAGGCAAUGUUUAGGUCAGCCAUCUGUGAAGGUACUCAGACUCUUGCCAUUGAAAGUACAAAGAAGAAAUGCAGAUUUGGCAUGUGUGUUUAGGCCGCUGGAUUUUCUAAAUUAAGUUCAGGAUCUCCUCUGCUGAAUUUCCAGUUUCAUGUUCUUAGCGUUACCACAGUUGACAUUGCAACUUAAAGCUGAGCAAGAAGCUGUUCUACACACAAGUGAGACCUGCAGCUAUGGGAGGAGGUGGAAACCUUGUCCUAUCUGUAGAUAAAGGAACCUUGUUAUUUUGUCUUAAAUUAGAUUAGUAAUCUAAUACUCUAUUCACAAAUCUUACAUUUUGAGUUUUUUUUUUUUUAAUUAGUCAAAAGGCAUUUGGUUACCUCCAUUGCAUUGCUGGCAUCUUUGGUGCCUUUGGUUGCUUCCGCCUUAAAAUACUUGGCCAAUUAGAGCAUGGUGCUUAUUUUCUUCAGUUGGCGACUAUGAAAUCCUCACCUAGCAUUUCAUGUGAGGUCACCCAUUUCAGGAAAAAUGUAGCUCUCUUCUAGUGAAGGAAUAAUGAAACUUUUGCUUUAGUUGAAUUUACGACAUUAUUGUAAAUACUUUUUAAGAGCAUCUGUACAUUUUGUUAGUCUAAAGUAUUCAUGUGCUGGAGGAAUAUUUCUGUGCUGGAGUAAGACAGCAUCUCCAUAAGAUUUCUGCUCUUCACCUGACAGCUAGUCUCUGUCCUGAAGGAACCCCCUCUGACAGUUGGAAGUUAGGGAAGCAGAGAUUAUUGCUCUGAAUUUUUUUUUUUUUUUAAACUGAGUAAUUACUUGUUUUCUUAACCUGUAAACUUCUUCAAAACAUCUAGAACUUUUUUCCCAGUAAGCCCUUCAUAUAUAGGUUCUCUGAUCUGUUGUUGUAGAAUAUGUAUUAAGACCUAUGGAUUUGUGUUACGUAGGAAGUCUUAUCGUUAAUACUUUCAAUAGUGAUGUGAAAGCCUGAGUGCUACUGUCAUAUUUUUCAUUUACUUUGGGUUACGUGUAUUCACUUCUAAAAGUAGUAUUUGCUUGGUGAGAUUGGAGAUAUUAGUCAAUACCGUGUUACCAAAAAAGUCUUUCUUUUCUUGGAUAAAUUUAUAAGAUUGGAAACAUCACCAAGUUCAAACCUCUAGUAAUUAAAUGAGAAUUCUUCAUGGAUUGGCUACACUUGAGCAAAAACUCCACUUCGGAGGUGCAUAAAAGAGUGAUGAGGAUAAAAGAAUGGUCUUGGGGAGAAUAAAAAACCUGGUCGAUUGACCCGGAGAGCACUGGAGCAGCGAACCUAUCAAAACCCAGUUUUAUACAAGUGUAAAGAAUGGGGUGUGAUGAUGUUAAAUGGCUUCAAGGCUUUGCAUGCUUUAAAAAAAAAAAAAAGGAGAGAGAAAAAAAUUCUUACUUUGUGAACGGGAGGGGGGUACUGAGAUUUGCAUAAUGUAAGGCAAAGUUUGUAUAUAGUUAAAAGUUUAUAAUUUUUUUUAUAUGAUGCAUUUUUUCAAGUGUAUUUUGGUCUUUAAUAGAUGCAAUUGUAAGUACUGUGUACACUA